AUGUUCACUGUCAUCAAGUCGGCCUCUACCGGCAUUGGCCCUCGACUCGGCAGGCUCGCAUUACCUGGGAAGAAAGUCGUACACACACCUCACUAUCUUGGCAUCACGUCUCGUGGUGUGAUCCCACACAUCACACAGGACACUUUCGCCCGCGAUGCCUCCAUCACCGGAGUGUAUGUAGGCCUAGAAGACUUCAUAGAACGCGCUCCUUACCAGACUCCUCCUCUCUAUCAGUUCAAGCCACCUAAAGACUCUUCUCCUUUGCGUCGUUUCAUCGCGUUGCCUGAAGACACUCUGCUUGUGCUGGGUGCACGCAGAGCACCGCCAGUCGCUGCGCCAGCGGCCAACCCGAACACUAACGAGACUGUUUCGGUAUGUACCGCAGUGGGAUUCCGGGUGCUUCGUGCAGAUGACUACGCAGAGGCUGCAGAGCGGUUGCAGGCGGAUAUCGUUGUGGGUUUGGGAGAUAUACCGUACGGGCGAAAACUCGGCAACAAACGGAUUGAGAAGGCGACAGAGCGCAAUAUCAAGUGGACGCAAGAUCAUAUCAAUCUGCGUCAUUCUGCAGAGACCAGGGCGCAGCAAGCGAAGCUCUUCGCACCUUUGCUACCCGUGUCUUCAGCGAAGCAGCGAUUCUACAUUGAGACUCUGAUCCAGGUCUCCGAACGUGAUGUUGCUGGCCUUGCAGUGUAUGCGCUGGACUCGCUUGAAGACCUGCCGGAAGCGCUGCAGCCUCUUCCACGCCUCGGAUUCACUACGCCCAGCGCGCCUCAGGACGUGUUACAGCACAUCGUACUCGGGAUCGAUGUGUUGACAGUACCGUUCAUCAACGCAGCUACCGACGCUGGCAUAGCUCUCAGCUUCCAGUUCCCAUCAACGUCCUGCGAUCAGUCCCACAACGGCAGCGACCCGCUACCACUCGGCAUUGACAUGUGGUCGCCAGCGCAUGCAGUGGAUCUCGGGCCCUUAGUGGAUGGAUGCACAUGCUACGCCUGCGCUAACCAUCACCGAGCGUACAUUCAGCAUCUGCUUGCGGCGAAGGAGAUGCUCGGCUGGGUGCUACUUCAACUGCACAACCAUCACGUGACUGAUAUUUUCUUCGCUCACAUACGCGCCAGCAUUGCAAAUGGCACCUUCACAGAUGAUGUUGAGCAUUUCCAGAGAAAGUAUGAGAGCCGGUUGCCCGAGAAGACGGGACAGGGUCCAAGGGUUCGAGGCUACCAAUUCAAGGCCGAGGGUCCCGGUGAACCGAAGAAGAACAAGGCGCCUUUCACGAUGCUCGAUGACGGUCAGGAAAAAAUCGUCGAGUCUGCACCUCCAGAAGCUGGGACGGACGCGAGCGAAUUAGAAGCGCAAGGCUUCGCGGCGAAGGCUUGA